CAAGGUAGGAUGGGGGAAAACGAAACGAGGAAGAUGGUAUAAGAGCAAUUGUCGGCUCUUUACAGUGAGUUGGGACAAUGGCCUUAGUUGGAAUUAUGGAACCAGACGGUGUGGUGUCGCUUUGAACAUGUAUGCGGGAAACGUUUACUUAUCUUUCGUGACAAGAAAGGGUCAUAUUGAGAACUCCACAUGUAAGGGCACAUGCGGUUUUUACUACAGGAUUGGGCCUGAGAUGUAGUGAUUAUGGGGGGGGGGGGGGGGGGCGCGAACAGGGAGACAGGGAUGUGACUGUCUGGUUCGCCGACAUGAUCCAGGAGUUGUCUCGGAAUUAAAGUGGUCAACACUAAGUUGGACGUUCAAAUGUAUGGGGUUUUGGAAUGGGUUGGCUGAGCUGCUAAUAGGGAAACAAGUUCUCUGGUUGGUCUCAUUAAACCAAUUACAGAGAGCAGAUGCGAACAUGGUAAUGGCUCUCAAGAUGGGUAACAAACUGGAGAAGGGGGCUGUUAGGAGAUUAAUAUGUCGCCUUGACGUGCUCUACAUAUUACCUAGAACUUCAACUAUGAUAUUCUUUUUUCACAAUGGUAAAAAUUCAAGGAACAGGGGUGUUUUGGAGGAGUUAUGUGGAUUGGGAUGGAAAGAGAAUUUAUGUUUUUUGGAUAUAGUAUUGAUAGCAAAUGAUCAGGUUGGUGUAUUUGGUUUGUUUGUUGUUAUAUUGUUGGGGCUUUGGAAUCAUAUAGGAGGCGUUUCCAAUUUUACCGUGCGUAAUUUCAAGAUUCUACACAACUUUUUAUCAUGGUGCGGUAUAGAGAUAGACUUAUUUCUGAAGUCAUAUUUCGGGAUGUGGGUUUAUUUGGAUUGGAGGUCAUGUGACAUUAACGUAAAGAUUAAUGUAAAGAUUGGUUUUCUCCUAAUCAGGUUUUCAAGGGCUCAGCUGUAUCCAUGGGUACGAGUAUUUUUAUUUCAUGUAUCUUAUGUAAAUCGGGAAACUGGUAGAUAUGGGAGAAAUGAACUUUCAAUAUCAUUUUGGACUUCUAUGGAAUGGUUCAGAGCACAAAGAAAGGAAAUUAGUUGAACUGUGGAAAUAGAGUACCAUUACACCCGUCGACUUGCCUGAGCAAACAAAGAAUAAAUUUUUUUAAAUGAAGGUAUUAAGUUGGAAUUGCCGAAGAAUGGGAAGUAAGUGGACUAUAAGCUAUUUGAGUGAGAUAAGGCAUAAACAUAAACUGAACUUUUUAUUUUUAGCAGAAACAAAACAAGAUUCAGAGUUUGUCCAAAACUUUCAAGUUCACUUUGGUUUUGAUAAUCUGGUCACAGUGGACCCAGUGGAGAGAAGUGGGGGAUUAGCGUUUUUUUACAAUAAUGAGUAUCAAGUUAAGGUAUUAUAUUCUAGUAACCGAAUGAUUGAUGUGGAAGCGGAAGUUCUGGGCAAAACAGUUUAUCUUACUUUUGUAUAUGGGGAUCCAGUUCAAAAAAUGCGGGAACAAGUGUGGGAACGAUUAACUAGAUAUGGUCUGGCGCGAUCCGAACCCUGGUUCAUUAUUGGUGAUCUCAAUGAGAUUACUGGAAAUCAUGAAAAAGAAGGAGGAUUUACGAGGAGUGCGGAUUCAUUUAUUCCUUUUAAUAACAUGAAAAGAAAUAGUGGUUUACUAGAAUUUCCGGCUUGGGGAAACAAAAUGUCAUGGCAAGGGAGAAGAGGAAAAGGGAAAGGGGUGGUGAUGGUUCGAUGUCGUUUAGACCGUGCUUUAGCAAAUGAAGAGUGGCAUACUCUAUUUCCCUGUUCUUUUACAGAGUAUUUGGGGAUGGUGGCUUCUAAUCAUCGGCCAGUGGUGGCUUAUCUAGAAGAUAAAGUUCCAAGAAGGAAAGGACAAUUUCGGUUCGAUAAGAGAUGGAUUGGACAAGCGGAUCUCGUGGAUUUGAUUACAAUGAGUUGGAUAGACUACAACGAAGGAAGAGUAGAAGGGAGAGCAGAGAGUAUAGUGACAAAAAUUAGUAAUUGUCGUCAUGAAAUUGCUAAAUGGCAGAAAAAUAAUCCUCCUUAUGGAAAAGAAAAAAUACAUGAGUUACAACAAGCUCUUGAAGAAGUACAAACAGAUAAUACAAGGUCUCAAGAGGAUAUUAUGGAGGUGUCUAGGAAAUUACAAGAUGCAUAUAAGGAUGAAGAAGAUUACUGGCACCAGAAAAGCUGAAACAUGUGGUAUUCAUCUGGGGAUUUUAAUACAAAAUUUUAUCACGCUUUAACUAAACAACGGCGGGUUCGUAAUAGAAUUGUUGGACUACAUGAUGCUGAUGGGAAUUGGAUUACAGAGGUUAAUGGUGUGGAAAAGGUGGCAAUAGACUAUUUCGAAGAUCUUUUUACUACCACCUCCCUAUCGGAAUUCGAUAGUUUUCUGACAGAGGUUACACCGGGUAUUACUCCUCAGAUGAACCAACGCUUGUUGAGGCUAGCGACGGAGGAGGAGGUUAGAGAGGUUUUGUUUAUGAUGCACCCAGAAAAGGCGCCAGGACCGGACGGCAUGACAGCCCUUUUUUUCCAACACUCCUGGCAUAUCAUUAAGAAUGAUCUGGUAGAAAUGGUAAAUAAUUUCUUGGUUUCAGGAGAAAUGGAUGCAAGAUUUAAUAUUACUAAUAUCUGCAUGAAUCCAUAGACGGAGAGACCUACAAGGAUGACGGAAUUGAGGCCAAUCAGCCUAUGUAAUGUAGGAUAUAAAAUUAUUUCGAAGGUUUUGUGUCAGCGAUUGAAAAUUUAUCUUCCCUUACUCAUAUCUGAAACUCAAUCGGCAUUCGUGGCAGGAAGAUUAAUCUCGGAUAAUAUUCUUAUUGCCCGGGAAAUGUUCCAUGGAUUGCAGACCAAUAAAGCAUGUCAAAGAAAGUAUAUGGCAAUUAAAACGGAUAUGAGCAAAGCGUACGAUAGAGUGGAAUGGGACUUUAUUAAGGCCUUAUUACAAAAAAUGGGUUUUGAUCUUCGUUGGAUCAAAUUGAUGAUGGAAUGUAUUUCAUAUUCAAUAUCGAGUUCUUAUAAAUGGUCAACCACGUGGCCUCAUUGUUCCAAAUAGGGGUUUACGUCAAGGAGAUCCUUUAUCAUCUUAUUUAUUUAUUCUCUGCACUGAGGCUUUAAUUGCAAAUAUAAAAAAGGCAGAGAGAGGGCAACAACUAACGGGAAUGAAGGUAGCUAGAGCUUCCCCAUCGAUAUCUCACUUGUUUUUUGCGGAUGAUAGUAUUUUCUUUUGUAAAGCUCAAAAGAAAGAGUGUCAAACCAUUCUUAGGAUUUUGAAGGAAUAUGAGGCAGCUAAUAAAUUUUGAUAAGUCUUCAAUUCAAUUUGGACAUAGGAUUGAAGAACCCGUUAGACAGGAAUUAAGGGAUAUUUUGGGCAUUCAGAAUCUUGGAGGAAUGGGAUCCUACCUGGGUUUACCAGAAAAUAUGGGGGGAUCAAAGAUCCAAGUUUUUAGCUUUGUACAAGAUCGUUUAAAUAAUAGAGUCAAUGGGUGGACUUUCAAGUUUUUCACAAAAGGCGGAAAGGAAGUGAUCAUUAAAUCAGUGAUUACGGCAUUACCAAAUCAUACGAUGUCUUGCUAUCGUUUACCAGUGUCACAAUUCUGAUGGAGUUCAGGGGAAAGUACAAGAGGCAUGCACUGGAAAUCAUGGGACAAAGUAUGUGUAGAUAAGGAUGAAGGAGGUUUGGGGUUCAAAGAUAUCACUGAUUUCAACACAGCGAUGCUUGGUAAACAGUUAUGGCGUCUAAUAGAGAGGCCAAACACUUUAUUCUCUCGAGUUUUCAAAGGUCGGUAUUUUAGAAAUGCUUCACCUUUGGAACCGAUUCGUUCAUAUUCUCCGUCAUAUGGCUGGCGGAGUAUUGUUUCUGCUAGAUCUUUGGUAAGCAAAGGACUAAUCAAACGGGUGGGAUCAGGUUCUUCUAUAUCUGUAUGGAAUGAUCCAUGGCUCCUAACCACUCAUCCGAGACCAGCCAAUAAAAAUCAACAUAAUUUAUAUCUGGACCUUACAGUAGAGUCUCUCAUUGACUCUACCUCACGCACUUAGAAUUCACAGGUAAUUCAGGUUUUGGUGGAUCCACAGGAUGCAAAACUUAUAGAAAGCAUACCAUUGAGCAGGACUCAGAGGGUAGAUAGAGAUGGAUAUCACUUCACAAAAAAUGAGAAAUAUACGGUCAAAUCAGGAUAUCAGGUAGAAUGGAUCUAUCCAGAUAGGGAAAGGCCACCAUUAUUGAUUGGUCCCACAGUUGAUGUCCUGAAGGCUUUCUGCUGGAAAAUACGAUGCCCACCAAAGUUAAAACAUUUCCUAUGACAAUUAGUGACAGGAUGUAUGGCAGUGAAGAAGAAUUUACAAGCAAGGGGGAUACAAGGGGGGUAUUUGUUAUGGAAGAUGUGGAGCCCAGGAGGAAUCCAUAAACUAUGUGUUUUUUUGAAUGUCCUCCAGUAAUCCAGGUUUGGGCUCUUUCGAAGAUACCAUCAAAUCCAGCUAUUUUUCCAACAAGUUCUCUCUUCACAAACAUGGAUCAUCUGUUCUGGAGAGUUUUCUCGCAGAUGGAAGAUCAUCAGUUUGUAUGGAUACUAUGGUACAUAUAGAAAUCUAGGAAUGAUAAAGUUUUCAGUAAUCUAGAUAUGGAUCCUUUGGAUACGCUUAAAUUGGCAGAAACAGAAUCAACACUGUGGGCUGAGGCACAAAAAUUGAAUGAACAGAGGACAAUACCACAAAUAGUAAAUACGAUCAUGCCGUCAAUUCCAGGAAGAUGGUGUUUUUCGGAUGGCUCAUGGAAAGAAGGUGAUACUUUUUCAGGACAAGGUUGGUUCAGCACCUUACAAGGCGCUACUCUGGACAAUGGAAUGUAUGAGGAAUUCUCUCCCCUUCAUGCGGAGAUGGAAGCGCUACUCUGGACAAUGGAAUGUAUGAGGAAUUUACGUCAAUAUCAGGUUACGUUUGCUACGGAUUGUUCUCAGUUGGUGAAGAUGGUUUCGGAACAGAAGAAUGACCAAUUUUUGCAAAUUAUUUGGAAGAUGUCAAGAUCCUGAAAGAGAGUUUCGCC